GUGGUCAUCAUGCUGGUGAUCCACCCUGAUGGAAACCAGUGUUUACUGGGAAGGAAGAAGAUCUUUCCAGUUGGUUUGUUCUCCUGCCUGGCUGGAUUCGUAGAGCCUGGGGAGGCGCUGGAGGAGGCGGUGAGGAGGGAGGUGGAGGAGGAGAGCGGAGUGAAGGUCGGGCCGGUUCAGUAUGUCUCCUGCCAGCCGUGGCCGAUGCCCUCCAACCUCAUGAUUGGCUGCCUCGCUGUCGCCAUAUCGACCGACAUCAAAGUGGACGGGAACGAGAUAGAGGAAGCUCGAUGGUUCCCGCGUCAGCAGGUGAUUGACUCAUUCAGAGGAAUACGUCCUGCUUCCUUCACCUUCCCUCCCAGACAGACCAUCGCACACCAGCUGAUCAAACACUGGAUCGGCAUGAACUCCAACCUCUAAAACUCAAACUUUUAGCACUCGAACCUCAACAGCCGGUGUGGACACACCCUCAGACGGUCAGACGGGUCUAAAAAAACAGCAGCUGUCUGAUUUUUUUUACGACAAAACCAGCUGCCAGUCGAGGAAAUCACCAGAUUCUUCAGGUUGUACGUGACACAGUACUUCCUGUUAAAUAUUCUCAACACACUUCCUGUGUGUGGACGGAUGCAGUCUGCACAUAACGACAAAGACAGAACUGUACAGAAUAGGAAAGGACAAACUAUACACGAGAGGGUUUCCAUUACAGAUUUGCCCAAAACGUAAGCGAUAUUUUUGAAUUGUCGAUAAACACAAUUGUGAGA